AUGGAAAAAACCUCAUCAAGAACGAUAGAAAUCACUGUAAUUUCCGGCGAAGACCUGCGCGUAAAUCGGAGGCAACCGGUGAAGAAAAACACUUUUGUGAUCGUUCAAACCUUCUCAUCAAGAACAACAAAAAUGGAUACAGAUGGUGGAAGCUACCCAGUAUGGAAUGAAAAGCUUGUUAUGGAAUUACCCAUGCAUGCAAAUUUUAUUAAUGUGUCAGUUCAAUGUAAGGCCUUUUCCAGUGGAAAUAAACUCAUUGGAACUGCGAGAAUUCCGGUUUCGGAUUUUUCUGGCGGGUAUCUUCCGGAGAAUUAUCUGAGUUUUUUGAGUUAUAGGUUGAGGGAUAGGAAUGGGGAGAAGAAUGGGAUUAUUAAUCUUUCUGUGAAGGUGAUAGGGCCGGAAAAUAUGGGCUGGGCCGCCAGUUGUCCGAGACCGUGGACGAAGGUUCCGGUGGAUAACAAGGUUUCCGGUGGGACCGUGGUGGGUAUUCCAGUGCCAUAUAGUUAUUGA